UCAGCCCUCUGUGACCAUGAACUCCUGGGUAUCUGCAUUGCUGACAGCCUGGUUCGGUGUCCUGGGCUCUGUGCAGGCUGAAUUCUUUACUUCAAUUGGUCACAUGACAGACUUGAUUUAUGCGGAGCAGGACCUGGUGCGGUCUCUGAAGGAGUACAUCCUCAUGGAGGAAGCUAAGAUCUCCAAGAUUAAGAGUUGGGCCAACAAAAUGGAGGCCCUGACCAGCAAGUCAGCAGCAGACCCUGAGGGUUAUCUGGCCCACCCUGUGAAUGCAUAUAAACUGGUGAAGCGGCUGAACACAGACUGGCCUGUACUGGAGAACCUGGUUCUUCAGGACUCAGCUGCAGGGUUUAUCGCCAACUUCUCUGUGCAGCGGCAAUUCUUCCCCACAGACGAGGAUGAGGCAGGAGCUGCCAAGGCGCUGAUGAGGCUACAGGACACAUACAGGCUGGACGCAGACACCAUCUCCAGAGGGGAGCUCCCAGGAACCAAAUACCAGGCAGUGCUGAGUGUGGACGACUGCUUUGGGAUGGGCCGUUUGGCCUACAACGAGGGAGACUAUUAUCACACAGUGCUGUGGAUGGAGCAGGUGCUGAAGCAGCUGGAUGCUGGAGAAGAAGCCAGCACCACCAAGGUAGAGGUGUUGGACUACCUGAGCUAUGCUGUCUUCCAACUGGGUGACCUGCACCGUGCCCUGGCGCUCACCCGACGCUUGCUGGCCCUUGAGCCGAGCCAUGAGCGAGCUGGAGGCAAUCUGCGGUACUUUGAACGACUGUUGGAGGAAGAGAGAGAGAAAACAGUAUUAAAUCAGACAGAAACUGAGCCUGCCACCCAGGAAGGCAUCUACGAGAGGCCCGCUGACUACCUGCCUGAGAGGGAUGUGUACGAGAGUCUCUGUCGAGGGGAGGGUGUCAAACUUACGCCUCAGAGGCAGAAGAGGCUUUUCUGUAGGUACCACCAUGGCCAUGGGGCACCACAGCUGCUCAUCGCCCCCUUCAAAGAGGAAGAUGAGUGGGACAGCCCGCACAUUGUCAGGUACUACGAUGUCAUGUCCGACGAGGAGAUUGAGACGAUCAAGGCGGUUGCAAAACCCAAACUUGCACGAGCCACUGUUCGUGAUCCCAAGACUGGUGUCCUUACAACUGCCAACUACAGGGUUUCCAAAAGUUCCUGGCUGGAGGAGAAAGAUGACCCAGUUGUGGCUCGAGUGAAUCUUCGAAUGCAGCACAUCACAGGGCUAACAAUAAAGACAGCUGAAUUAUUGCAGGUUGCUAAUUAUGGAAUGGGAGGCCAGUACGAGCCACACUUUGACUUCUCCAGGCGACCCUUUGACAGCGGCCUCAAAACGGAGGGGAAUAGGUUAGCAACGUUUCUUAACUAUAACGAUGAGCAAGAUGUUUUCAAGCAUUUAGGGACGGGAAAUCGCAUGGCCACGUUCUUAAACUACAUGAGUGAUGUAGAAGCAGGUGGUGCCACCGUAUUUCCUGAUCUGGGGGCUGCAAUUUGGCCUAAGAAGGGCACUGCUGUGUUCUGGUAUAACCUCCUACGGAGUGGGGAAGGGGACUACCGGACAAGACAUGCUGCCUGCCCUGUGCUUGUGGGCUGCAAGUGGGUCUCCAAUAAGUGGUUCCAUGAACGAGGACAGGAAUUCUUGAGGCCAUGUGGAUCAACAGAAGUUGACUGACAUUUUUUCCUGCUCUUCCCUUUUCUGGCCCCACAACCCAUGUUGUUUUCAAAUUCAAUAUGACAUCUUUCAGGCCCAGUCAGGCGGGUCUGUGGAUGAGUGAAAGUCUGGAGCAGAGGGAGAAUGGACUGGAGAGAGUUGUUGUAGACCUGAAUCCUAGUCUCCCUGGGCAGCCUAUCCAUCUCUGACUCCCAAAUACAAGGUUUGAACAACUACAACAAACUCAAGCUGUGUAGAGCACCUCACACAAAGGUGCCUUUGUACCUCAGAUGUUUUUGGUGUGAGACAUUUCAGUGAACCAAAGUUCUGAUCAUUUGUUUACAUGUUUGUUUUUAUGACAUUUUUGUCAAUAUGGCUUUAACCAAAAAAUAAAAUGUCCCUGCCAAAAGCCUUAAA